UCAGCCAAGUCGCCCCCAUCCUCCCCGGGAUUCCCCCCUCGCCCUCCCGCUCCCGAGAGCUCACUCAGGACGCCGGGAAAGGACUUGGAGGGGCCCGGGAGGGAGGUCGCGGCAGCAGCAUGGCGCGGUUCCUGAGGGCCGAGCUGGCCGCCGCGGGAGUUGUGUUACUUUGUCACUUCUUCGGCGACCGCUUGCAGCUGGCCGGAGGGGCGUCGGGAGAGCGGAUCGGGGGCUGGCAGUACCAAGUGGCCCCAGGCUUUCCUGGAGCAGAAGAGGAUGUGCACGUGGAUGUGCAUGCGUACAGCCACCGAUGGAAAAGGAACUUGGAUCCUCUGAAGGCGGUAGACACAAACCGAGCAAGCAUAGGCCAAGACUCUCCAGAGCCACGAGGCUUCACUGACCUGCUCCUAGAUGAUGGGCAAGACAACACCACUCAGAUUGAGGAGGACACAGAUCACAAUUACUACUUAUCUCGGAUAUAUGGUCCAUCAGAUUCUGCCAGCCGGGACUUGUGGGUGAACAUUGACCAAAUGGAAAAAGACAAAGUGAAGAUUCAUGGAAUCCUGUCCAACACUCACCGCCAGGCUGCGAGAGUGAAUCUGUCCUUCGAUUUUCCAUUUUAUGGUCAUUUCCUACGUGAAAUCACUGUGGCAACUGGAGGUUUCAUAUACACUGGAGAAGUUGUACAUAGAAUGCUCACGGCCACACAGUAUAUAGCACCUUUAAUGGCAAAUUUUGAUCCCAGUGUUUCCAGAAAUUCAACAGUCAGAUAUUUUGAUAAUGGUACUGCACUAGUUGUCCAGUGGGACCAUGUACAUCUCCAGGAUAAUUACAACUUAGGCAGCUUUACGUUCCAGGCAACUCUUCUCAUGGAUGGACGCAUCAUCUUUGGGUACAAAGAAAUUCCUGUCUUGGUCACACAGAUAAGUUCGACCAAUCAUCCAGUAAAAGUGGGGCUGUCAGAUGCAUUUGUCGUUGUUCACAGGAUCCAACAAAUACCCAAUGUUCGAAGAAGAACAAUUUACGAGUACCACCGAGUAGAACUACAAAUGUCAAGAAUCACAAAUGUCUCUGCAGUAGAGAUGACCCCACUACCCACAUGCCUGCAGUUCAAUGGUUGUGACUCCUGUGUAUCCUCUCAGAUUGGCUUCAAUUGCAGUUGGUGCAGUAAACUUCAAAGAUGUUCCAGUGGAUUCGAUCGCCAUCGACAGGACUGGGUAGACAGUGGAUGUCCUGAAGAGUCAAAAGAGAAGAUGUGUGAGAAUGUGGACUCGGUGGAACCUUCUCAAACCACCACAACUAUACACACAACAGCCACCCAAUUCAGAGUCUUAACCACCACGAGGAGAACAACCACAUCUCAGCUGCCAACCAGCCUGCCCACAGAAGAUGACACCAAGAUAGCGCUACAUCUCAAAGAUAAUGGAGCCUCCACAGAUGACAGCGCAGCUGAGAAGAAAAGCGGAAGCCUCCAUGCCGGCCUCAUCGUUGGUGUCCUCAUCCUGGUGCUCAUUGUAGCCGCAGCCAUCCUGGUGACAGUGUACAUGUACCACCAUCCCACGUCCGCAGCCAGCAUCUUCUUCAUUGAGAGACGCCCAAGCCAAUGGCCCGCGAUGAAGUUUCGAAGAGGUUCAGGUCAUCCUGCCUAUGCUGAAGUUGAACCAGUCGGAGAGAAAGAAGGUUUUAUUGUAUCAGAGCAGUGCUAAAAUUUCUAGGACAGACUAGCACCAGUACUGGCUUACAGGUGUUAAGACUAAAAUUUUGCUUAUAUCUUUAAGACACAUACACACACACACACACGCACACACACGCACACACACACACACACACACACACACACACACACACACACACACACACACACGAACCCUAAGCUGCUAUAGCCUGAA